GAGGCCGCCAUUUUCUUUCUCGAGAGGAUGAUUAACCGGAGUUCUCUAUUUCCUUCCGUCAUUUCCCUUUUUUCCCUGGCGCUGUUCUGCUCUUCCCUUGCGAGCGAUGGAAACGAAUGUGGAACAAGGCCUGCUAUGAAUGAGAUAGCAUCAGGCAAUCGGAUUGUAGGAGGACGUGAUGCUCCACUUGGAGCAUGGCCAUGGCAAGUUAGUCUUCAAGUUUACCAAUUGGGUAUAGGAUACCAUCAUAUUUGUGGUGGAGUAGUAAUUACUAACAAUUCAUUGCUGACAGCAGCACACUGCAUUAGGAAAUGGAAGAAUCCAGAGUUUUGGAGAGCUGUAUUUGGCUUAAAUCAUCUAUAUCAUCAUGAGUAUUACACUAGAGAGAGAUACAUCAAAGCAAUUAUAAUCCAUUCGCAUUUCAAGCAGGAAACGUAUGAAAAUGAUAUUGCAUUAUUCAAAUUACAAAAUCCUAUCACAUUUAAUGAUUAUAUCCAACCUAUCUGCUUACCUCCAAGUCCUCUUUUUCUAGGUAAUGAUACUCUAUGUUAUAUAUCAGGAUGGGGAAGCGCAUAUGAGAAAGGUAAAAAAAAAUAUACAUUGCAAGAAGCACAGGUUGAGAUUAUUCCACAAAAUAUCUGUAACAGAUAUGAUUGGUAUGGUGGAGCUGUAACAACAAAUAUGUUUUGUGCUGGCUCUGCAAGUGGAACUGUGGAUAGUUGUCAGGGAGACAGUGGCGGACCAUUGAUGUGUAAUAUUCAAAAUAUCACACAAUAUUAUCUGGUAGGAAUAACCAGCUUUGGCCGUGGUUGUGGCCGACCACAAAAUCCAGGGAUCUAUGUACGUCUAGCUAAUUACAUGAAUUGGUUGCAAACUCUUUUACAAAGCAGAACUACUACUAUGAACUUUCAUAAUGUUCUAAUAUUGUCAAUAAUAAGAUGUGGCACCAAAAUGAGGAAGAAAAUCUCCAAUGUGAUGUCUUUGUCCAGCUUUAUCCUUGGCAAAGUUCCUUGCGAGUUCACCAGGCAACAACAUGGCACCAUCCACAAGAGUGUGAGACGUUACGAGGCAGAUGAUCAGUGGCCGGGAACGCGCGCGAAACCGGCCGCCAUUUUGCUCCCUGGACGGACGAUGAGCCGAAGCUUCUGUCCCGCCGCCUUUUCGUUUUGGGCUUUGCUUGUGCUGUUCAGGGAAGCUGCGGCCAAAGCCCUGCCCUCCCUGAACCUUUCCGACGUCUGUGGAACAAGGCCUCUUAUGAAAAAUACAGCGGCAGGGACUCGAAUUGUAGGUGGACAUGAUGCUAACCUAGGAGCAUGGCCUUGGCAAGUUAGUCUUCAAGUUUAUACAAUUGGUCUAGGAUAUGUCCAUAUAUGUGGUGGAUCUUUAAUUAAUAAAAUCAUAGUAUUGACAGCAGCACACUGCAUUAAAACAUCAGAGAACCCAGCCAUUUGGAGGGCUGUAAUUGGCUUACAUAAUCUUAAUGAAGAUAACUCUCAUACAAUAAAGCGUCGGAUUAAAGCUAUCAAUAUACAUCCUAAUUAUAUGGCAGACACAUAUGACAAUGACAUUGCCUUGAUAAUACUAGUCAGAUCUAUCAAAUUCAAUGACUAUGUUCACCCGAUCUGCUUACCUGCCACAAAUCUUUUGACAAAUCAAAAGUAUCCCUGUUACAUAUCUGGAUGGGGUAAAACAAAGGAAAAAGGUGAAAGCAACUUAAUAUUACAAGAAGCUCAAGUAGAUAUUAUUCCACAGAAAAUGUGUAAUAAACUCAGCUGGUAUGCUGGAACAAUUACAUUGAAUAUGGUCUGUGCUGGCUUUCCAGCUGGAGGUGUUGAUAGCUGCCAGGGAGACAGCGGUGGUCCUCUGACAUGCUACUUUCCAACCACUGCAAAGUUUUAUUUGAUAGGAAUUACCAGCUUUGGUUAUGGUUGUGGUCGCCCAAGACAUCCAGGAGUUUAUGUUAGGACAAUUAAUUAUAUAAGUUGGGUAAACAAGUAUUUAGAGAGUAAAAUUGUAACUGUGGAACUUCAUUGCCUCUUGAUCUUUUUAAUUGUGUGGUGGACAGUCUUCCAUAUUCUGUAAAAUGGCAACUUCCUUCAAUUGUAUGCAGUAAACUUGUACUGCUCUUUAAAUGUAUUUGGUUUUUAGGAACAGUAUCAUUAUCAACAUUUGCUGUUUAAAAAUGUCCAUACAAUAUAAUUCUGCCUUCCAUUAUAUUUACAUUCAAAUAAUGAUCUGUAACUAAUGAUAACAAUCUUCCCAAAUAUACUAAAAUUUGAAAAUGAAUUCAGUUCUUAAAUAAAUAAUAGCAAUCAUAUACAUGAUUAGAGAA